AAAUACUCGUCCGCCGCUUUGUGUAUCCAAUAAAUUAAGGGCUCCUGAGACUUUUACGCACACAGGUGAAGUGUUUGGAUGCGCUCACAGGAGGGAGCGUUGCGCGCCUUCUCUGCAGACGCGCCACUUUAUUUAAGGAUAAGCUGGACGUCGACCGGGAGUGUUCCGCGCUGAAGAGCAAGUCCUCUGUCCCGUCGAAGCCCCUCUUCGGAUCGCCUUCAUGUCGUUUUUCAAGACGUUGAGAAACACCAGAGCUCUUUAAUCACACUCUGAUGGUGGGAAGACAGACGCUCCGAAUGGACAGCGGCACUUGCUCCGGGACGGUGGCGGACGACAGCCCCGCGUCGAGUCCCAACUCCAGCCCCAGUCCGGACGGUGGUCGCCGGGAGCUCCAGCGGGCCAGGGUGCUCCAGGGCGGCUGCGGCGGCGGCGGGCUCGGCGGCAGGGGGCGGCCGGCGGCGGCGAACGCGGCGCGGGAGAGGAGCCGCGUGCAGACGCUGAGGAACGCGUUUCUGGAGCUGCAGAGGACUUUGCCGUCGGUGCCGCCGGACACCAAGCUGUCUAAACUCGACGUGUUGAUACUGGCCACCACAUAUAUUGCCCAUUUGACUCGGACACUGCAGGAGGAAGGAGCGGAGGAGGGAGAGAGCACAAAACAAACAGAGGCGUUACACUCAUUGAAGGGUGAUGGCUACCUGCACCCAGUGAAGAAAUGGCCGAUGCGCUCCAGACUGUACGUCGGUGCCUCCGGACAGUUCCUGAACACCACAAACUCCUCAGAGUCAGAGAAUCAAGGUCCAUCAUCGUCCACCUCCCAGAAAUAAAUCACUUGUGUGGAACAGUUUCAUAUUUGCAUGAGUUGAUGCUGUUCAGGCCUCAUCCUGUGUCCACUUAGAACAAUUAUCCCUCACCUGAUUCCACUCCCUGUCAGUAGAAAGACGUUGUAAAUUAAUAUAUUACUUGUGAAUUUUAUUGUAUAAUUUUUUUUUUUUAACAGAAGGCAUUUUACAUUUUGUUGUUGUUUUGACUGAUCCUUGUUUUGCCCUGCAUCGUGCAGUUCCAUACAUGUCGCGAUCAUCUGCAGAAAUUCCACGGGGUAACGAGUCCGUCAUGCUUGAGGUGUGCACUUUGAGUUGAAAACAUUUGCACUAAAUGCAUGUGUGAAUAACUUAACAUCUGUCAUGUGAAGUGGUCUGUCAGCGAGAGUCAACAAUGGAGGCGCUCCCGCUCAUGU